UUCAUUUCAGUUGUCACUCCGCUCAAGCUUCACAGAUCGUCUGGGGGAGACGACGACGACGAAGCCGGCGACGGCCACAUUCAGGAGAGAAGUGAGACAUGGCCCCACAGAAGGCAGUCCGUACAAUAUCCCAGGAAGCAUUCGACGAAAUGGUGAAGGAGAAUAUAGAGGACCUUGGGAUGGACCCCACCGAAGCCCUUGAAGACGCCGUUCAAACGCUUUCGCUCCAGGGUGUUGAUCUCUCAGGUAUAGUCCAAUGCGUCCCCGGAGAGAGCUCAGUCGAUGACAAUCCGGUAGUUCAGGCUCUAAGCAGAUUGAAAGGGCUGAGCUCCGAUUCGUCCGAUAGCGAAAACGAAAUUAUGGAAUUGUUGGGAAACUUGAAUGAGUUGUGUAGCUCAAAAGGGUCGGGAAAUGCUGCCAUUGCCACCAAGAAUGGAGGGGUAGAGUUGGUAAUUUCUAUUUUGCCGAAGCUUAAGAAGAGCGGGCCUCAUCGGGUCCUAGACUUGGCUUUGAGCACAUUGACUUCACUAAUUCAUGAUCUUCAAAGCACUGAAACAUUUAAGGAGAGUGGUGGCCCGGAGAUUGUAGUAGGCAUCCUAAAUGAUGAAAGUCAACAUGUUAGCAUCUUAAAUAGUUGUUUUUCUGUUGUUGCUGUGGCUGCAUCUGGAAAUGAGGUUGUGAAGGAGUCAUUCAUGGACUUGAAAAUUGAUCAACUUGUCAUCAAAAUUCUUAAAGAACACAGUGGGUGGGCCUUUCCUAGCAUAUAUGAUGCCGUUCGAGUCCUUCUAACAGCAGAUGACAAUCGUGUUGUGGCCUCACAAGUCUAUGGUUAUGCUCGCAGAUUUGCUAAGAUGGGAAUUGUAGAAACUUUGGUACAUACACUUCAUGAAGGUCUUAGUUCACCUUGUGUUGUAUCAGCGUGCAUAGCUCUGAAAGCUGUUGCCGUCAAUGAUGAAGUCUGCAGAUCAGUCGCAGAUAAUGGUGGUAUAGAUGCAAUUCUGCAUUGCAUUGAUGACUGUGGGGAACAAGGCAACAAAGCUGCGGCCAGAACUUGCUGCUCUUUGUUAUCUAAGUUGGCAGGAAGUGACAUAAAUAAGAGUCUUAUUAUUGAGAAAGGUGGGCUGCAGAGACUUAUAAAACUUGCAGGAAGAUUUUCUGAAGACCCUUCAGUAUUACAAGAGGUCAUGUCUCAUAUAUCCAUACUCUGCUUGAGAUCCCCAGAUAAUGCAGCUCAAGCAAUUGAAGUUGGAGCUGGGGACCUCGCUAUCCAAGCCAUGCAGAGAUUCCCUGAUUCAGAACAGCUGCAGCGUAAUGCCUGUCUAAUGAUCCGGAAUCUUGUGGUCAGGAAUGCCGAAAACAGAAAAAUUUUACUCAGCCAUGGUAUUGAGAAGCACGUUAGGAAGGCCAAGGGAAGUCACAAGAUCUGCAAAGAAGCAGCUACUGAUGCACUCAGGGAUCUUGGCCUUGAUAAUUACAAUUCAUAAUGGUGUUCAGGUCUAGAAAUGGCAUGCUUAAUAGUUUCUUGUACUUCGAUAAGUUUUACAUGAUCUAGUGUGUAUCAAAAGCAAUAGAAAUGCUCUGGGAAGGAAUUUGUUUGGUGGAAAAAGCAGACGGUUUCUGUAAGUUCAUUUAACUCGUAUUUGGUAUGCUGGUGAUGGUGAGAAGCCAAAAUUUAUCCUUUUUCUGUUUUAAAGUACUCCCUAAAUGCAAAUUUCUUGAACA